AUGACUUCACUUAAACUUUACAAGAGUUGUUAUCAAUCACCAAUAAUUCUCUCCAAGCCCCACAAAAAGAUGGUAAAACAGGCCACUUUUGCUACAAAUAAGUUGGUUCGUAGAAGAAAGCUAGCAGUGAGAGGAUGUAGUGGACAAGAAUCUGAAAAGAAGACAGAAAGAAAAAGUUUCUUAAGUCCUGAAGAAGCUGGUCUAGUUGAAAUAUCUGGUUUAAGCAGCCACGAAAGGUUCCUAUGCCGUUUAACGAUAUCAUCUUUAAACCUUUUAAGAGUUAUAUCAGAGCAAGAAGGGUGUGCUAUUGAGGAGCUGAAUGCUGGGAGAGUAUGUGACUGGUUUUUGAAGGAUAAGCUGAAAAGAGAGCAGAAUAUGGAGUCUGCAGUCCUUCAAUGGGAUGAUUCUGAACUCCAAUUUUGA